AGCUUGACAACAUAAAACACACACGCGAGGUUCUCACACGCCACCAGAACAGCUUCAUCGUUCUAUCAUUCGGCCUAAUUAAAUUUUAAUUCUUGAUCUUGAAGAAAGUCACAUAUCAUGACGACCGCGGCCCCGCCAACAAGUCCCCAGACGGAGCUGGUCUCCCCCACUCUCAAGCCGCAAGAGCUCUCCUUCCCACUACCCAAAGCUCUGCACACGACUGGCCAUGUCCAUUUGACUUUUUUGGGUCAUUGUGUAAUGGUCCAUCUUGCUACGUCGACGCCGGGCGACUCGUCGGGGUCUUUUAAGCCGAUGGGGAGCUUUGUGUAUGCCAUGCCUGACCGAACAUCACCAAAUGCAACCAUCUCAACAACACUCUACACAACACCAUCUAGUAUCGAAUACACGACACGGGUGGCCAAGAUCCUUGCCAGACGUAUGCAACAGCCCGUCUAUGUUGGGUGUAGCAUUGAUCCCAACGGGCUCGGGCAGACGGUAGAGGAGGAAAUGGAGGGCCUGACGCAUAUUGUGAACUUGAUUGUUGAGAAAUAUGAAGCUCAGAAGAAGCAAUAAUCGCAAAUCCUAGGGACAGACAUCCAGGGAAUGGAUUGGCGUGGGGGAGUAUGGUUCAUGUACGUGGCGUUACUGGACAGCUUGCAUUUAACCACCUCCCUCAUUUCCGGAAUUCAAGAACCCUCUAUCCAACUAAAAUCCAAUUGCUCGGGCGUCUGUUUGGCAUCUCGGAAGCAGCAUCCACUCGUCCUCCAUCAAAAUUCGCCCACUGAAUAAGUCUACAAGCCCUUCCAACCCAGUAAUCUACAGCUGCUGCCUUGGACUUGGCGCUAUCCAGAGCCCGAUACUUCCAUC